AUGAACGAGAGCGCCGGUCCAAUUAUAUGCAAGAAAAGGUCCAAUUCACAGUUUCUUCUUCGAUUUCUCUCUUCUGGCUCUCUCUCUCUCUCCUCCCUUUCUCUCUCUAUAUAUAUUCAUAUAACACUACUCCUAUCUAUCUAUCUAUCUAUCUAUCUAUCUAUCUAUCUAUCUAUCUCAUUCUAUUCAUAUCUAUCUAUCUAUCUAUCUAUCUAUAUCUAUCUAUCUAUCUAUCUAUCUAUCUAUCUAUCUCAUUCUAUUCAUAUCUAUCUAUCUAUCUAUCUAUCUAUCUAUCUAUCUCAUUCUAUUCAUAUCUAUCUAUCUAUCUAUAUAUAUAUCUCAUUCUAUUCAUAUCUAUCUAUCUAUCUAUCUAUCUAUCUAUCUAUCUAUCUAUCUAUCUAUCUAUUUCAUUCUAUUCCUGUCUAUUUCUCUCUCUCUCUAUCUAUCUAUCUAUCUAUCUAUCUAUCUAUCUAUCUCAUUCUAUUCAUAUCUAUCUAUUUCAUUCUAUUCCUAUCUAUUUCUCUCUCUCUCUCUCUCCCUCUCUAUCUAUCUCAUUCUAUUCAUAUCUAUCUAUCUCAAUCUAUCUAUCUAUCUAUCUAUCUAUCUAUCUAUCUAUCUAUCUAUCUAUCUAUCUCAUUCUAUUCCUAUUUAAAUUGUACUCUAUUCUCAUCCCUCUUUCUUUCUGUUAUUUUCAUCCUUCUUUCUUUCCUGCUUUUUCUUCUUUCUUCUUUCUUUUUUCUUUCUUUCUUUUUUUCUAUUAUUCUCAUCCUUCUCUUUUCUUCUUUCUUUCCUUCAUUCUUUCACGCUUUUCUAUUCUUUCUUUCUUUCUUUCUUUCUUUCUUUCUUUUCGUUCUAUCUUUUUUCCUAUCAUUUCUCUUUCUUUCUGCCUUUCUUAUCUUUUGUCCUUCUUUCUUUCUUUCUUUCUUUCUUUCUUUCUUUCUUUCUUUCUUUCUUUCUAUUCUUUCUUUCUUUCUUUCUUUUAGUUCUAUCUCUUUUCCUAUCAUUUCUCUUUCUUUCUGUCUUUCUUAUCAUUUGUCCUUCUUUCUUUCUUUCUUUCUUUCUUUCUUUCUUUCUUUCUUUCCCCCCCACUUUCUUAUACUUUUAACCAACUACAUCUUUCUUCGUUUCCCUUACUUCCUUCGUAAUUGA